UAUCACAACGUCGGCUACCAGGAAAAAUAGUUAGCUGAGCUUAUCUUCACAGAUGGUAGUGGGGCCAGAGAGCAACGCUGUAUUGUAGGGGCAAACUAUUACAUAUCAAACAGCAUUCAUGAAUGUACUCAAAUAAUUAUUCAUAUAGGGCCCGAUAUUAAUAGUUUAAUAUAUAAAAAGGAGCAUCUAACUCCUGUUUUGGUGCAUUAAAUGGAGGAGAAGAAGGAAGACGGAGACUCGGAGAUACAGGAACACGGACCCGAGCACUGGUUCUCAAAAUGGGAGCGGCAGUGUUUGGCCGAAGCGGAGCAGAGGGAACCGAGCGAGGAGGAGGCCGACAACGACCAGGAUAAACUGUGGCAUCUCUUCCAGAACUCCGCCACCGCCGUGGCACAGCUAUACAAAGACAGAGUAUGCCAUCAGCAGGGCCUGUCAUUGUGGGUGCCAUUUCAGAACUCUGCCACAGCAGUCACCAACCUCUACAAAGAGAGUGUGGAGGCCCAUCAGAGAACCUUUGAUCGGGGCAUCCAGACAGGCCACCAGCGCCGUAAUAAGGACAUGCUGGCCUGGGUGAAGAAGCGACGGAGAACCAUCCGCAGGGAGGAUCUUAUCAGCUUUCUGUGCGGGAAAGCACCACCGCACAGGAGUAGCAGGACCAACACCCGGCUGGCCAUGGUGGCCCCGAGUCGGGCUAACUCUCCGGCGGAGACCGGCUCAUCUGUGGAGGCAGACCUGCAGCCCUUCAGGGAGGCCAUAGCGCUGCACGGUCUGAGCGGAGCCAUGGCGAGCAUCAGCGUCCGCUCCGGUGCUCCAGGGUCUCCCACACAUGUGAGCGGGAGCAGCAGUAACGGAGGCGGGGCCGGCGUAGGCGCUUCCUCCGGAUCGGGGCCGGUGUGCCGCAGCCGGCGCAACGGGCUCCAGGACGUCGACCUGAACACUUUCAUCUCGGAAGAGAUGGCGCUGCAUCUGGACUCUACAGCCUCCGCCGGAGGGGGAGGAGCCAGGAAAAGAAACUCCACCCAGUGCAGCGAUGUCAUCACAGACUCUCCUACGCACAAACGCAACAGGAUGAUCUGAUGUGCUGCCUGCCUGUGUGUGUGUGAGGGGGGGGAAGCCUUCAGAGCCAAGGCUAGGAGAGGGAGGGAGGGAGGGGGUUGGAGGGGCGAACCUGGGACAGAUGCACAGACGGAUGGACAGACAUUCAGCUGCCUGGCUGUGCAGAAGAACGUCUGAAAACGCAGACAGAAGGUCCCCGUUUGCUCUUUUCUGAUGUUGAAUGAACUCUAUUCCUUGUCUCCUUUCCCUGCACUAUUGCUACAAAUCACUGCAAUCAGAACACUUAAUGAGUGUGUGUGUGACGAGGACGUCCGGACGCCCCCGCCCCGGAAAGGAGACAACGAAGGAAGACUCAUCAUGGGAUACGGACAGUUCUCAAACACGCACUGUGCUGCUUCGACGAGUAAAAGCCACUUUGAUCCUCGACACAUUUUGUGCCCUUCCCUCCCUGAACCCCACUCAUCCUCACCCGCCACCUUAAUAAGGAAGUGAGGGCCAUGAUCGUCUCACUCAGUGAACCGAGUUGCUCGCCAAACGUUGGAGACUCAACCCUCUGCGACCAACACGUGAUCUUUCUGUUGCUCCACCGUCGUCGGUGGGGGAGCUGAAUCGCAGUAGGACAUCGAUGGCACGUCACUUUACUCGCCGCUAACUCAACUAUGGCUCCAUUUAGUGAAGCCCGUCGCCAUUUUCAUUAGUUCGUCAAACCACCAGUGUUAAAAUUCUAGGUUUGUUGCCACUGUUGUUGGCAGCAUUGAUAGCCAAGUUAAUUCUUUCUCCACAUUUUUUCUGUUGAUUAAAAAGAAAAAACAUUUUUAUUUUUUGUGUGAAUACAGCUCGUCAUAAAGCUCACCCCUUUACCCUAGUCUUAUACAAAAAGCAACUGCUCUUUUAUGUGCUCUUGUGAUUAUUCUGAGUUGCAAUAAGGACUGCACUUAAUUUCCCCCUAACUCAUGCAAACAAAUCGGCUCUUCCAUUAUAUCCCAGAUGUAGUCUAGAUUAGCACAACACUCACUGCUUAGAGGAAGUAAGCACUCGGUAUAGGGCUGCUCAAUUAAUCGCAAUUACGAUUUUGGCUUGCAACGAUUGUGAAAACAACAUAAUCGAGUUAAAACCAUUUUUUUAUUUAAAAAAUAUAUAUAUAUUUUAAUUGUUUUUUCAGUUCAAUUGCACUUAAAGUUCAGGGUAAUCAACUGUUAACAUACUGUUCAAAUUCUUUUUUCAAUAAAUGGAUGUUUUCAAAGUAAAUGGAUAGUCGUUUUUAAUAAUCGUGAUAUCAAUUAUUGACCCAAAUAAUCGGGAUUAUGAUUUUUGCCAUAAUCGAGCAGCUCUAACUCGGUAUGACUAAAAACACAUCUUUGGUCCAACAACCCUUCAAACAUUUCCGCACAUGGGCUCUACUUGUAUUAAGAGUCUUUCCCUGCCUGACCAAUGAUUUAUCGGAAGGCAGUCGGUGCUGUUAAGAAAGCGUAAAUCACAGAACCGUUUACAAAGGUAGCGUUUCUAAAUAGAUCCACGAAACACGCCAGUCAGAACACACAUUAUUGCAUUAUCUGGCUGGAGUUUGGGUGGUCUGCUUUUUUGUACAAGGGCCGUGUGCAUUAAUACGACGUGGAGGCUUUUUUUGUAGGAUGAUGAAUUUCCUCGAUGGUUUAAUUCAAGUUGUUGCCUUCCAUCAUUUUGUAACGGUGAAGAGUCGGAGACGCUGAUACCGCAUGAGUCCGAAAUUUGAGUAUAUUCACAGUUCAAGUAAGAAGAACUAUUACAUUUUUUAUGAUUUAUAUUGAAAGAUACUUGGAGUAUAUCCAAGUUGUUUUUUUUCAAUUGGUCUCCUUUAGCAUAGGAUGCUAACAAAGUUUAAAUCAUUAACAAUCUUGAGUUAUCAAAUAGAAAUAUCCCCAGUGAUGCCCUGCCAUAUUAGUGAUAGAGUAAAUGUUGGCUUAAACUUGACCUGUAAUACCCGCUGUAGCUGAACCAAUGAGACGUCACUGUUUCCUUCUCCUCAUCCUCCUUUUCCUUCACUCCCCUUCUAUUUGUACGACCUGGAAAAGUGGGUUUUCUUUAGUUGUAUAAAGCAUGCCAGUUUUUAACUUCUGUUACAGUUUGGUCACAGAUUUUUGCGUUAUAGGUUGGCUUUUAUAUUCAUUCAUCAUAUCUGGCUUGUUGGUGGAAAAGAAAAGGCUGAGAUGUGUUGCUUCUGUCAAAGACUUUAUUCUUACAUACAAAGGAAACCACUGAGUUGGACUGAUUUAAAACGAAUAGAUCCAAAUGGAGUUUUGAGUUGGAUACAGAAAAAGUAAUUCAUGGUGAGAAUUCAUGCUUUACAUCUUUCUAAAAAGCAAGAAAUGUAUGUCCUUGUUAGCAUCAGCUAGCACGAGGCUAGUUAAUAAUGUAACAUAGGAAGGAUGAAUGUUUAUUGAAUAGGAACGUCGGCCCUUAAAGACAGCCGAUGGCAGUGUACGGAGAUUAUGUAAAUCCUAUGACCUUAAUUAAAUCAGAGGAAUGCAUUUUGAAUAUUUGAGUUGCUCUAUCUUUCUCCGGGCACUGUUUCUGCGUCGAGCACUCCACUUCGACUGAAACCAAAUGGUGCGUGAUGUUACAAAUGAGUGGUUAUCAUCCCCAGUGUUUCUGUUGCAUGACAACAAAGGGAAGACGUGAAGUGGCUGCAGACAGUCUCUCCCCCCCCCCCCCUCAAAAGGCUUGACUAAAGAGAGUUGGCAGGACGCUGCCAUCUUUCUAAUCCCCCUGUUGAACCUGCAUUGAUUAGCUGGGUUAUAAUGGGGGGCGGGGGGUGCACUUUGUGUUUUUCUUUUCUUCCCCCGAGCCAAUCGCCGGCCUUCAUCCACAUUGUUCUCAAAAAGACUGAGUCAUGCCACGUGUCUGGAGCCAACACUAUUAUCAGCUGUUUCUUGAUACUUAUUUGUUUAAAAAGUAAUAAAUGGCUAAUCUAUAUACUUAACAUUUAAUUGUUGGUAUGAUAUAUGUGGUUCACAUUGUAAAAUAAAUAAAACCAUUGAGUUGCAAAUGGUUCGUCUGUUUCAUUAAAGAAAAGUAAAUGGA